GCACCGGAUCGAGCUGAGCAGGGAGAAAGGUCCGGUGACACCGCGGUCGACGGUCAUGAGACAGGACACUCUGCCCCGGACGAGCGUUGUGUACCGCGACGUGACGGUCCACUCGAUGAGGUACAGGUCGGAUAGACUGGCGGUGCGGCAGGGGGCCCAGUCGAGGCUUUUUGUCGACUUUAUCGUCUCGAACUUGCAGGCGCGCAUCACCAGGCAAGACAGGACCGGGACCCCUGAGAGCCAUUUUCAGCUCACAACGCCCCAGUGCGAUCUUUCCCACCCGCGAAGGCGGAUGGGGCAAGGAAUACACCUCGACUGUAUCCCGAAGGAUGUUUUCACGGGGUUCGAUGCGAUUGAGCUCCAGCUCGACCGGGUCGACAGGGCAACAAUGAUCCGAGUGCUGCCCGCACUGUCCAGUUUGAGGUCACGACUGCGGGGCUUGAGGCUGUUGGGUGGCGGCGGAGACAUCUGGUUAGAGCAUGUGCUGGAGAAGAACCUGCAUUGGCGGAGCCUCAGAGUUCUACAUCUGGCGCACGUAGCCGUAACGGCGUCACACCUGGCCGCGUUUGUAGGACAGCAUUGCGCGAGUUUAAGGCGGCUCGUGCUGGACCGGUGCGGUAUUACGCUGGGCCAUAUAGAGGCGCUGGGCAAGCUAGAACCAUGGUCCGCUCUCGAGGCCAUCCAGAUCGUGGCAGCCGGGACAGAGACGUGCUACAUAGUGGAGAGGAGUACUUUGGUCGAGGCGUUACGUCAUGGGCGCACACACUCUACACUGUGGCACGCUGCAUUGCCGGACUUGCACAUGCCCAAGGACACAAUAAUCAGCACCACGCUGAACCAGCCUGUACUGGGGCUGUCGACGCCGAGAAAGGCCAAGAUGGAAGUCACUCUAUUUUCGCAGCCAGAUCAGUCUGCACGACAAUAUGCGUUUUCGCGGCGGUAGAUAUGGGAAAGAGCCAACGGGGCAAAGAGCUGUAUACUACUGGCCUAUGGCGGUUCGGGUAUAGAAGAAGGAGCGACGGCGCAUUAGGCCGGAUAUGCAAACACGACUCAUUGUCCCUCAAGCACCGCCGUGUCAGUACUUCAUGUAUAGCAGCCUGAACGAUGGCUAGUAGGUCACUACCCAGAUGAAUUGCCAAGCUGAUAGGGCAGUGG